AGAGGUUCCUGUUUCAUGGUCUCCUGAAUAUUUACACGUUGCUGAAUCUCCUGUGGACAAACCACCAACAGGCCAGGACUGUCCUGUGGAGAGACGGGGUGAGCCUCUUCUUGUGUCUGGAGAUUCUGAAAAGAUUUGAUCACCAGGAGAUUUUUCGGGACAUUACCAAACCACUCAUUUUAGUGGCUGCCUCCGGGUGAUGAUGGCUGCCUGAACGACUGCCAUGGCCCACCGGAAGCUUGAGAGCGUGGGGAGCGGCAUGUUGGACCAUAGGGUGAGACCAGGUCCUGUCCCUCACAGCCAGGAGCCCGAGAGCGAGGACAUGGAGCUGCCCUUGGAGGGCUAUGUGCCCGAGGGCCUGGAGCUGGCUGCCCUGCGGCCAGAGAGCCCCGCGCCAGAGGAACAGGAGUGCCACAACCACAGCCCCGAUGGGGACUCCAGCUCUGACUACGUGAACAACACCUCUGAGGAGGAGGACUAUGACGAGGGCCUCCCUGAGGAGGAGGAGGGCAUCACCUACUACAUCCGCUACUGCCCCGAGGACGACAGCUACCUGGAGGGCAUGGACUGCAAUGGAGAGGAGUACCUGGCCCACAGUGCACACCCUGUGGACACUGAUGAGUGCCAGGAGGCGGUGGAGGAGUGGACGGACUCGGCGGGCCCGCACCCCCAUGGCCACGAGGCUGAAGGCAGCCAGGACUACCCAGACGGCCAACUGCCCAUUCCGGAGGAUGAGCCCUCCGUCCUUGAGGCCCAUGACCAGGAAGAAGACGGUCACUACUGUGCCAGCAAAGAGGGCUACCAGGACUACUACCCCGAGGAGGCCAACGGGAACACCGGCGCCUCCCCCUACCGCCUGAGGCGCGGGGAUGGGGACCUGGAGGACCAGGAGGAGGACAUUGACCAGAUCGUGGCAGAGAUCAAGAUGAGUCUGAGCAUGACCAGCAUUACCAGCGCCAGUGAGGCUAGCCCCGAGCAUGGGCCUGAGCCAGGGCCUGAGGACUCUGCAGAGGCCUGCCCACCCAUCAAGGCCAGCUGCAGCCCCAGCAGGCACGAGGCAAGGCCCAAGUCGCUGAACCUCCUUCCCGAGGCCAAGCACCCCGGAGACCCCCAGAGAGGCUUCAAGCCCAAGACCAGGACCCCAGAAGAGAGGCCGAAGUGGCCCCACGAGCAGGUUUGCAAUGGUCUGGAGCAGCCAAGGAAGCAGCAGCGCUCUGAUCUCAAUGGACCUGUUGACAAUAACAACAUUCCAGAGACAAAGAAGGUGGCAUCAUUUCCAAGUUUUGUGGCUGUUUACAGGGUGCUGUUUGAAUGGGGAUCCAAACAAAACGCGUCUAUUGAGAUUGUUCCAGGGCCCUGCGAACCAGAAGACCUCAUCGAUGGGAUCAUCUUUGCUGCCAAUUACCUGGGGUCCACCCAGCUGCUAUCAGAACGGAACCCUUCCAAAAACAUCAGAAUGAUGCAAGCGCAGGAAGCCGUCAGCCGGGUCAAGGUAGAGAGGAUGCAAAAGGCUGCUAAGAUCAAGAAAAAAGCGAAUUCUGAGGGGGAUGCCCAGACGCUGACGGAAGUGGACCUCUUCAUUUCCACCCAGAGGAUCAAGGUUUUAAAUGCAGACACGCAGGAAACCAUGAUGGACCACGCCUUGCGUACCAUCUCCUACAUCGCCGACAUUGGGAACAUUGUGGUGCUGAUGGCCAGACGCCGCAUGCCCCGGUCAGCCUCUCAGGACUGCAUCGAGACCACGCCCGGGGCCCAGGAAGGCAAGAAGCAGUAUAAGAUGAUCUGCCAUGUGUUCGAGUCGGAGGAUGCCCAGCUCAUCGCCCAGUCUAUCGGCCAGGCCUUCAGCGUGGCCUACCAGGAGUUCCUGCGAGCCAAUGGCAUCAACCCCGAAGACUUGAGCCAGAAGGAGUACAGCGACAUCAUCAACACCCAGGAGAUGUACAACGACGACCUCAUCCACUUCUCAAACUCGGAGAACUGCAAGGAGCUGCAGCUGGAGAAGCACAAGGGCGAGAUCCUGGGCGUGGUGGUGGUGGAGUCGGGCUGGGGCUCCAUCCUGCCCACGGUGAUCCUGGCCAACAUGAUGAAUGGCGGCCCGGCUGCCCGCUCGGGGAAGCUGAGCAUUGGGGACCAGAUCAUGUCCAUCAAUGGCACCAGCCUGGUGGGGCUGCCCCUCGCCACCUGCCAAGGCAUCAUCAAGGGCCUGAAGAACCAGACACAGGUGAAGCUCAACAUUGUCAGCUGUCCCCCGGUCACCACGGUCCUUAUCAAGCGGCCAGACCUCAAGUACCAGCUGGGCUUCAGCGUGCAGAAUGGAAUUAUCUGCAGCCUCAUGAGAGGGGGCAUUGCUGAGCGAGGGGGCGUCCGUGUGGGCCACCGCAUCAUCGAGAUCAACGGGCAGAGCGUGGUGGCCACAGCCCACGAGAAGAUAGUCCAAGCUCUGUCCAACUCGGUUGGAGAGAUCCACAUGAAGACCAUGCCCGCCGCCAUGUUCAGGCUCCUCACGGGUCAGGAGACCCCGCUGUACAUCUAGGCCACCCCAGCCUGGCCACGCAGCCAGGACACCGGGCAGGGCCGCCCGGGCCCAGAGGAGCUGGGAGCCGGGCCGCAGAGUUGACCCCGAUGCCACAACCCAGCCACGAACGCUGGCUCCCCAAAGGGUGUGCCCUCACCACCCACUUGAUUUUUUUGUUUUCAUUUUGCCAAAAAGGGGUAUGUCUUUAUCAAAGGAGAGUCACAGAACAAAUGUUUGUUUGUAAAGCGUUCAAGUAUUUUGCCACGUUCUGGACUGUCUUCUCCCUGCACAAGCCAGGGUGUGUCUCGGUAGCUGUGCGUGGUGUGGAGUGUGUGUCUUUCCUCCCUGAAGCUGUGCGGAGCGAACUGGCGCCUCCGAGGGACGUGGCUCCCGGGGCAGGGCAGCCGUCACCCCUGCCUCCCGCCCCCUUGGCUGGGACGUCUGGGGGUCCUGUGGAGCCCCCACAAUGGUCCCAAACAGCUGCCUCUGCCACUGACUGCAGGGACACGGGCAGCCUGGCUCCCAGGACACGACUUGUAAUGAAAGUUUGGGGACAUGUGAUUGAUUGUAAAUAAAGGAUGAUGGCCACAACAUGAAAACUCCAUGUUUAUUUAGAUGCUAUUAUUACUAUUUGGACUUUUAUUUUGGCAGGCUUUUUUCCAGACUCUAGGGUUUUCCAAUGUGACUAAUGACCACACCUGCCUCUCCCGUCGUCUCUUCUGGGCACCCUCCCACCCGACUGCAUACCCGGGCAGGGAUCCCACAGAGACAAGGAGGGCACAGGUGUCUGCCCCCUCUUUAAAAUCGAUCUACACACAUCCACGCACAUGCGACCCCGAGGAAACGAAACCCACUCUAGAAAACGCGACCUUGGCCGCACCUAAAGCAGCCAGCCAUGAGUGCAGACCCCUUGGCCAGCGUGGCGCAGCGGCCCUGAGCAGUAGUGGCAUGUGUGUAGAUCAAGUCGGAUCUAGUCCAGCUCGGUUCAUUAGCGAUCCAUGUAAUCUGACGUCAUCUUGUCUUGAAGUCUCUUUUUUUGGCCCAGGCCUUGAAGAAUACACUGUGACUUAAGAAGCCUUACCACGCAGUAACUAAAGCUUUAGGAUGACUGUAUUCAAGGAGUGCCGUGUGUUGCAUGCAGCUACCCGUAGGAAGACUUCGCGCAUAUCACUAAUAAACCUGAAGUCGUGAUGAAAA